AAGGGCAAUCCUAUGCUAAUGUUAGGAGAAGGUUCUGUGUUUGCUGGCUCUCCUGUUUGGGGAAUAAGUUGCUCCCCAUUUCAACAAGCAGGGAAUUAUCAGCCCUAGGAGAAGUAGUGUUACUAAUAGAACAAUGUAGAGAGUGUCUAAAAUCUUUUCCCACUACACACUUACAGACUGACAUAAAUACACCUAUUUUUAAUUAUUUAUUUUGAGCAGUCAAUACAUCAUUGAUAAACAAACCAGCACCACAUCCUGUGACAGAGCGCGCGAGAGAGUGUGUGCGCGUGCGUGCUUAUGUGCGCGUGCGCGGCCGCGUCACUGCCCCCCCCCCCACACACACACCCACACCUGCGGAAUAAACCGUUAAGAAAAUGAAACUCAGCUGCUCCAUUUUGUCACGAGAGGAAAAUAAAAUAUUUCAGGAGUAAAAACUAAAUCUCUGAUGUAUAAACGCUCUAAAUUAACACGUUUAGAGUUAAUAUAACGAGUUUUGUUGGUUUGUACUGAAGUUUUUAAUGUACACAGGUUGUUUUAUGACUUGAUAUCGUGUGUAUAGUGUUUGAUUUAACACACCGAUGCUGGAGUGAAGAAAACGUGUUUCCUGCUGUAAUCUGGAGAAGGAGACAUGACCUCCAACAUGAGUGUGUCUGGAAAACAGGACCUAAAGAAAGACGAGAGAAUGAUGGAGGGAAAGAGAUCAGACUCACCAGAACCCAGCUGUGUGUCCAUGAAGAGUGACCAGUCAAUGAGAAUUCCAAUUUUCUUCAGAGACAGUUCUACUGAUGUGAGACUACAAAAGAAGAAAUCAAACAUCAGCAGAAAUCCGCUGGACUCCAUAUUCAAGGAGCUGGAACACAAAGUCAUCACUCUGAUAAAGAAUGAGCUGAAGAGCUUUAGGAAGCUCCUGAGUCCAGAUUACCCAGCAUGCACUGAGAGGGAGGUGGAGGAUGAGGAGGAUCUGCACAGUGUCAGAGAGGGAGUGCUGAAGAUCACACUGCACUUCCUGAAGAACAUGAACCACACAGAUCUCGCUAACACACUGCAGAACAAACUCACCUCUGUGUAUAAGCCAAAGCUGAAAUCCAACCUGAGAAAGAAGUUUAUGAGAAUUAAUGAAGGAAUCUCACAGCAUGGAAGAUCAGCACUUCUGAAUGAGAUCUACACAGAGCUCUACAUCACAGAGGGUUGGAGUGAAGACAUCAAUAAUGAACAUGAGGUGAGACAGAUUGAGACAGUGUCCAGGAGACCAGCAACACAGGAGACACCCAUCAACUGUAAUGACCUCUUUAAAGACAAGUCCAUCAGAAGUGUGCUGACUAAAGGAGUUGCUGGAAUUGGAAAAACAGUCUCUGUGCAGAAGUUCAUUCUGGACUGGACUGAAGGAAAAGCAAAUCAGGACAUCACCUUCAUGUUUCCACUUCCCUUUAGAGAGCUGAAUCUGAUGAAGGAGAAAAAUCUCAGUCUGAUUAAUCUUCUUCAUCACUUUUUCCCAGAAAUAAGAAAACUAGAAUCAAUAGACUGUGACUCUUACAAAGUGUUGUUGAUCUUUGAUGGUCUGGAUGAGUGUCGACUUCCUCUAAAUUUCCAGAAUAAUGAGAGAUUGUGUGAUGUGACAGAGUCAGCCUCAGUGGAUGUUCUGGUGACGAACCUCAUCAAGAGGAAUCUGCUUCCCUCUGCUCUCCUCUGGAUAACCUCUCGACCAGGAGCAGCCAAUCAGAUACCUCCUGAAUGUGUAGACCAGGUAACAGAGGUACGAGGAUUCAAUGAUCCUCAGAAAGAGGAGUACUUCAGGAAGAGGAUCAGUGAUCAUAGCCUGGCCAAUAAAAUCAUCAGACACAUGAAGUCUUCAAGAAGCCUCUACAUCAUGUGCCACAUUCCAGUCUUCUGCUGGAUCUCAGCCACUGUUCUAGAGAGAAUGUUGGGUGAAGCAGAGAGUGGAGAGAUCCCCAAGACUCUGACUCAAAUGUUCGUACACUUCCUGAUCGUUCAGAUCAAACACAAGGAUGAAAAGUACCAUCAGAAACGUGACCCUGAUCCUCAGCAGACCAGAGAGACUAUCCUGGCACUGGGAAAACUGGCUUUCCAGCAGCUGGAGAAAGGAAAUCUGAUCUUCUAUGAGGAAGACCUGAGAGAGUGUGUCAUUGAUGUCAGAGAAGUGUCAGUGUACUCAGGAGUGUGUACCCAGAUCUUCAGAGAGGAGUUUGGGCUUCACCUGGGGAAGGUCUUCAGCUUUGUACAUCUGAGUGUUCAGGAGUUUCUGGCUGCUUUAUACGUGUUUUUCUGCUUUAAUGUUAGAAAAACAAAUGUGCUUGUGGAGCAAAGCACUGGACAUUGUAAUUUCUUCAUAAAUCCAAAGAUGUCUGUUCUCCUCAGGAGUGCAGUGGACAAGGCCCUACAGAGUAAGAAUGGACACCUGGACCUGUUCCUCCGCUUCCUUCUGGGUCUCUCACUGGAGUCCAAUCAGACUCUCUUACGAGACUUAAUGCCACAGACAGGAAGUAGCUCUUACAGCAAACAGGAAACAGUCGAGUACAUCAAGGAGAAGAUCUGGAAGAAUCCAUCUCCAGAGAAAUCCAUCAAUCUGUUCCACUGUCUGAAUGAACUGAAUGAUCAUUCUCUAGUGCAGGAAGUACAAACUUACAUGAACAGAAAAAAAUACUAUUGUCUCGGAGGAACCAGACUCUCUCCUGCUCAGUGGUCAGCUCUGGUGUUUGUGUUACUGACCUCAGAACAGGAGCUGGAUGAGUUUAUUUUGAGUAAAUAUGAUCAAUCAGAGGAAUGUCUUCUGAAACUGCUGCCAGUGGUCAAAGCCUCCAGAAAAGCUGUUCUGGGUGGGUGUAAUCUGACAGAGGAAAGCUGUAGAGCUCUGUCCUCAGUUCUCAGCUCAAACUCCUCUAGUCUGAGAGAACUGAACCUGAGUGAGAAUAAACUGCAGGAUUCAGGAGUGAAGCUCCUCUGUGCAGGACUGAAGAAUCCACACUGUACACUGGAGAUACUGAGUCUGCGUGGGUGUAAUCUGACAGAGGAAAGCUGUAGAGCUCUGUCCUCAGUUCUCAGCUCAAACUCCUCUAGUCUGAGAGAACUGAACCUGAAUAAGAAUAAACUGCAGGAUUCAGGAGUGAAGCUCCUCUCUGCAGGACUGAAGAAUCCACACUGUACACUGGAGAUACUGAGGAUGAGGAAGUGCAGUAUUACAAGUGAAGGUUGUGCUGCUCUGGCUUCAGCUCUGAGGUCAAACUCCUCAACACACCUGAGAGAACUGGAUCUGGACGGUAAUAAUCCAGGAGAAUCAGGAGUGAAGCUGUUCCGUAAUCUACUGAAGGAUCCACACUGUAACCUGGAGACACUACAAAUUCAAGAUUAUGAAUUCAUCAGGUCUUAAACCUCUUGUCCAAGGUAAAGCAGUAGUGGUGUAGUGUUAGAACCCGUCCCACAUUUCCAGCAGUUUGGGAGCUGAAUCAUUCAUAUUCAGAUGUAGAAGUUCCAGAACAAUAACCGUGACUGACCACAUCUUUUUAUCCACUCAGCUACAAGUUACUUCAGGCUUUAAUCACAUAUUUUACAGUCCAAUCCUUCAGCAUCUACACACAACACAGAGAUAUCAUCACACCAUCAUACUGAUUACACAAACACACAUCCAGCUGUUGGAGAUGUUUAUAGUGAAUUUUUACCUCCUUAUUUUUAUAUCACAUUUGUUUCUCCACAGAUGAUUGAGUUACAGCUGUAAUAUUUAUCAUUUUAUUUCUUUAUAAAUUACUUAUUUUCAUAUCUCUGUUCUUUGUUUGCUAAUCUGUGUUUAAUUGUAGCCAUGGUAACAGGUAUGCUGAUUGAUUUAUUGUUGUUGUGACCCAGUUUUGUAUACAGUAUAUGUUGUAUACAUGUCAUGUCCACUGUGUGUAAUUACAGAAUAAACAGUGAGUGUGAGUGAAACAUAACAAUUCAGGUGUUUGAGGUGUGUUUGGUCACAAACCUUUCUGAAGCAGUAACUGUUCUGUCUCAGUAACAUGAUCACUUCCUGUCUCUUGGGUGCUGCAGUAUUGUGUGUGGAGCUGAACACAGGAAGUUACUGCACAGAAAACAUUCAACAAUUCAAUUUAAUGAACAAUUCAAUCUCAACAACUUAAUUUAAGUCCUACAUGAUGGAGCAGACUGGAGCCCAGUGUUAGACCCAAAUCAUGUUCAUUCACAUGUUAAAGAAAUCUGUCAUUCUUUAACAAUAAAUUCUUUAAUUAUUGUACAAUAAAAUAAAACUGAAUUUUUAAAA